UCAUUCGGUGUUCUGGGCUUAGCAAAUCCUCCGCAGUACCUUCCAGAUGUUUGCCAAAAUUCCCAAUGUGCUUAAUAAUGCGACAUGAGUUUACCAAGCCGGAUGACCAAUCGAUCCACCCACCGUCUCUUCAAGAACAACAAUAUUGAGUGUUGAACUGGGGGAGGAGUUGCAGAAUUGAAUGGAAUUCAUAAAGUUUCUUUGGGUUACUCUGUGGAUUUGACAGUAGAGUUAGAGAAGGAAGAUGAUUACAUCCAGUAGAUCACUCUCUUUGUUUCGCACGGAUAAUGGUAUUAGGUUUCUAAGAAAAUGGGAGCCUUACCAGAUGAUUCUUAGUAGUGUGCUUAGCCGUUUUGAGUCAAACUGGUCAAACAGAAAGAGGAUUGGAAGUGAUGUUAUCAAAGGAGAGAGCGAAGCAUCCCAAGUGCCGGCGAAAUCUUUUAAAGGCAGGAAUGCUGAUGAUAUUGAACCUACAUGCAGUGAUUACAAUAUUGAGAACGAUAAUUUUACCAGCAAAAAGUGGAAAUUUGAACCGGUUUGGCUUUCUAAAGCUCUAGAGUCCGCUUUUCAACUAUGGAACGGAAAUGGAGACAAACCCCCACCUAUCAACAGGUCUCUUGCAGAGAUCUAUGCUAGCAUUCAACGGAGCAAGCUUGGUCUUCAAGACUGGAGUCUUAGUGAUCUUACCAUAGGCCUUUAUCUUAUAUAUAUCCAGCAAGCAUCCACUAACACUCUUGAGGACAUUAAGGGUGAACUGAUAUCUUCUGAAUCAGUUGUCCAUGAUCUUAAGUACCACACUGAACUAGCAAAGGUUGACAAGAGAAAAAGACUCGUCAUACUUGGAAUCCGUGGCUAUUCAACACACUUCGGGAGUGCUGAGGCUGCCCGUUGGUUUCUUACUCAUGAGAUGGACACUCUAAGGAAAUGCCUAAAGAAACACAAGGGGUUUAGGUUAAGGCUGGUGGGUCAUUCUCUUGGAGGUGCAAUAGCAUCAUUGUUGGCGAUAAUGCUCCGUAAGAAGUCUCAGCAGGAGCUUGGAUUUAACCCUGAUAUUGUAACUGCAGUUGGAAUUGCAACCCCACCUUGCGUCUCCAGAGAUCUUGCUGAAAAGUGCUGUGAGUAUGUUGUAACCGUGGUCAUGCAGGAUGACAUUAUUCCUAGGCUUAGUGUUGCUUCUCUCACAAGGCUACGAAAUGAAGUUAUUCAAACUGACUGGAGUAGUGUAUUUGAGAAGGAAGAAUGGAAAGGUGUGGUGCAUUUGUUUACAAAUGCAAAGCAGGUUGUCUUUUCCAUCCAAGAUGUGGCUCGGAAGCUGGCUGACUAUGCCAAGUCUGGAGGCCAAACAACACACUCUGGUGUUGUCCCAGAAAAGAAAUUCACCAGUGCGCCACCUUCCUCCACCACAACAUCAAGCAGUAAUGGUGCUUCUAUAGUAAAAAAGGAAGAGGAACUGUUUGUGCCAGGGGCGUCGACGUCAAAGAAAGAGUCAAGUUUGAAGCGUCGCCGCCGAUCGACGCCGGAGAGAGCUUUAUCAGAUCGGAUGCGGAAGUUGUUAGAAGAGAAGAUAUCGUUUCCAAAUCUAUCCAAGUGCCGACGGAAAUACAUCAACCACAGCAUCGUCGGCGGCGAUUACCAACGCCCUCACCCGCGUCCUCUAAAGAAGGAAUAUAAAAUUGGCUCAUAUUUUGACAGCGAAUGCCCCUUUUAUUCUAAAUCCUUCACAGAUGUGCCCAAAGUUGAGGAAGGCAAACCCCUGAAUGUUUUAGAUUUGCUAGGGCAUAACCUCUUGAGGUUUAGCACUAGUAGCCAAAACGUUCAUAGCACUCUGCCCACCAAAUUCACAAGUUAUGUGGGUUCACGAGAUCUGAAUAUGGGUUACGAUCGUGGUAUGCGUAUGCCUAACUCGGGCAUGAGUAUACCAGGCAAGGGUCAUAGUAAUGUUCUAAGGGGUCAAUCCCCUGUAUUGAGACGCUGUGUUAAUAGUCUCAGCAGUGGGGUUUUGGCAUCUACCACUAGCACAAUGACAGGCACAGUGAAUGCUACCAUGGAAAGCACCCUAAGCCUAAUGGGUAAAUACGUAAUGAUUUGUUGCGUGUUUGUGCCAUCAAUAUGGUCUUCAAAAGACGGGCCCAGGGUUUAUCACGCUGCUUUAGCUUCUCAUGAACUCGCGAGAAGAGAUGAUUUUGUGCUUGUGGUGGUGCCAAUGAUGAGGAGCGGUUUCACUCAUUCUUACUCUGCCUAUCAACACUUCUUGUCGGGCUUUUCCUGUCAUGCCGUCCCUUUUGAAGACUCUCAUCGGCGUGAGUACAUUUGCUCAGCACUUGGGUUUGAUGGUGAGAUUAAAUGUUUGAUUCUAGAUCCAUCUCAGGAGGUGCUCUACCAUGGUUGGCUGCUAGAGGUGUUUGAUAUGUUUGGAGGAGCUGAGCAUGAUUGCUUCCCCUUCACUUUGGAGAGUGUGAAUAAUUUUGAUGACCGUGAUGAUGUUUUUGAGGAUCGCUCCCUCAAUGAGCUUUUGGGUCUUAGAGACACCGAUUUUCUCUACAAUAUUGAAUAUCUCGCUGGCAGCAGGUUGCGGGAGGAUAGUCGUAUUACUAUUUCAGACCUUAAACAAAAGUUUGUGGGGCUUUACGUGUACUCUGAUGGAACAAGUUUACGGGCGCUUCAGGAGCUUCACGAGAAAUGUAGAUCUCUAAAGUAUGAGCUUAAGAUUGUGGUGGUGAGCUGUCCCUUCCAUGAGCAGUUGCCCCCAAAGUUGCAUGAGGAGUUACUCAUUGAUGCUCUGGCAAGAAAAAAGCUGCUAGGUUGGUGGUUUUUUCACUUUGACAACACUAUAUGCCUGUCCGACGCUGCUUACACACUUCAACUGUCGCCAGUACUUCCAAAAAAGUAUCACCUAGGGUUACUUUUCAUACAACAUCCAUAUGGAUUACCAGUUUUCAGUGACUUUGGCAUGGACGGUUAUCCCUUCAUCAGGAGGAAAGUGAUCGAGAAGGAAUUUGAAAGGAAAAUGGGUCUGAGAUUGAACUCAUUACUACCUUGUGAAUAUUUUACUACCAGUGUUCAUCCCCACUUCAGGUUAUCUGUUCCUAUAGCAAAGCUUGAGAACAAGAUUGUCAUUGUUUAUCUAUACAGAGAGACGCGGAAAUAUUUUGCCAAUAAACUGGCUGCAUGGUAUGAAAAGAAUAUUAGGAAAAAGCAUUCAAAUGUUGAAGUGGUUGCUGUAAGCAUAGAUGGUUGUAGGAACCCCACCACUGAAGAGUACUUCAUGGGAAUGGGGUGGUUGAUAUACCCUACAGACCCAUCUAAGUCAGCCAAAAUUUGUCAAGAAUUCUUCCAUCCUCGCUGUAGGGCAUUGGAGGUAGUUUUUGCAUUUGGUGAGGAUGGGCUGAUUCAAUCUGUGGAUGCUUCUCAUAUUCUGGAAUCUAAAGGCCCUCCUUUCUAUGGCGAUCUACGUGAGGAGAUAGCUGAGGAAUUUUGUGACAGUGGGGGGUUUGAUUACAUGGACUGGUGAUUAUGAAGGGUUUGCAUGCAUUUGAUUUUGGAAUUGAUGUCCAGGAUGAUUAUGUAAUCUAAUCAGAUUGUGUGAUUUGGUUUAGUUAAUUAGAUAGGGUAGCCGUUUAAUUUAAUUAUUGAGAUCCAUUUGUAGGUAGUUGUAAUUGUAGUUAGAAGUGUUGACUGCAAUUAUUACUUUUCAAGGGUUUUCUUUUCGGUUCUUUCUCUUGAUGUAUUUAUUGAACCGAUUAAACAAAAAUUUGCUAAUGAU